AUGGGCGGCCGCGAGAGACAGGCGGUGGACUUGGCUCGGCCAUCGAUCCAAAGGACGGCCGCACCCUUGGGAAAGGUGGCGCGGAGGUGGGGGGAUGGAUUUGGGAGGGACGGCGCAGCGCUCCCGCCGGCCGCGAGGCGCCUGUCGGUUGGGUCGGUGGCCAUCGAGGGGAGCGCGUCGACCCGGGGGUGGGGCGCGUCCGAUGGCGGUCCUUGGACGUCAGGCGGGUGUGAGGGUGAAGAUGCCCUGUCGAUGGCAGGGUGCGCGCGACGCUCCUGUCCGCUUGGGACGCUGCCAGAUGCAAGGAAAUUGGCUGGAGUGUUGUUGGUGUGUGGGUGCGGUCUUGCGGCGACCGGACUGAAAGCGAGGUCAUGGGAAAGGCGGGUCCGAAGGCAGGCAACUAGCUCAGGAGCAUUCCGACCUCGUUGA